AAACUCACUCACUCAUUCACUGCAGAGCCGGCGACGUGCCCAGAUGUCACCUGCAGCAUCUUCUGCAAAUAUGGUCUCCUCACCGACCACGACGGGUGCAGCACGUGCAAGUGCAGGACAUGGGGUAUCGCCUGUCCCCCAAGGGCGUGCCCUGCCUGUGGGGGGUACCCGUACGAGUACCACAUCGACCAGAGAGGCUGUCAAACAUGCAAGUGCUCGUGUCCGAAGAGAAAAUGCAGCGCCUGCCCUGACAAUAACUACGCGGUGGACACAUACGGCUGUAAGACGUGUACUUGCCGUGCUACGACGAGCACUGCAGUCACGCCACAGUGUCUAACAUUGAAUUGCUCGUCCUGUGGUAAUUACGGUUACCGCUACGACAGUUACGGCUGCAGGACGUGCUCGUGUGCCUGUCCUGCUGUCCGAUGUGCCCAGUUCUGUCCAGGAGGCUACGCCCUUGACCAAUAUGGCUGCCUCACGUGCAACUGCCGCUGCCAGGAGCUCCGUUGUGAACAGACAUGCGCAAACGGCUACCGACUGGACGCUCAGGGUUGUACCACCUGUCAAUGUGAAGUCGGUGAGUGUUCGGUCAUUUACGGAAAACAUUCAGAAAUAAUCGGGUAA